ACCGCCCCCAGAGCGGCCCCCGCAGCCGCCCGCGAGUUACCGGAUUAAUCACUGCGGAGACCCGGGACCGAAUUCGCGGCGCUGGGCGGUCUCCGUCUCCGCGCCUCCUCUCGGCGCGAUCCUGCCUCCCGCCGCCGCUCUCCCGGCAGCCGAUCAAAAGCGCUACGAGGAGCCGAGCGCGGCAGACGCCGGCGGAGGCCCGGCCCGAGCACCUCCCGGCCCAACUUUCCCCGCCUGCUGCGCGGAACCCCGCGCAGCCCGCGCCGCGAUGGGAACCGAGGGGCUGAGCCGCCGCUAACGGGGCCGCGGCCGGGAAGCGCCGCUCGGAUCUCGCUCCGCCGCCGGGACCGCGCCGAGGACAUGGAGGUGCAGCUGGGGAUCGGGCGCGUGUACCCGCGGCCGCCGGGACGGACCUUCCGCGGCGCCUUCCAGACGUUCUUCCAGAGCGUGUGCGAAGCGUUCCAGGCGCCGCGGGACGAGCCGGGGCCCGGCCUGCCCGCACCGGGAGCCCCGUGCCCGCAGAGCCCCCGUCCGCCGCCCGUCGCCUCGCCCGUGUUCCUGCCGCUGCCCGAGCCCCGCGCCGCCGCCCGCCCGGCCAUGGGCUCGCCCUUCCCGUGCGCCGGGGACCUGAAGGAGCUGCUCGGCGAGCCGAGCGCGCUGCCGCUGCUGCCGCUCGAGGCUGAGCCGGGGGCCGGACGAGCCGAGCCGGCGCCCAAGGAAGACUUUCUGGGCGACAGCGCUAAGGAGCUCUGCAAAGCCGUGUCCGCCUCCAUGGGGCUGGCGGUGGAGGCGCUGGAGGCACCCAGAGAGCCGCCGCCCCGCGAGGACUGCAUGUUCGCGCUGCCCGCAGGGCCGCCCCGCGCCCCGCGUCCCGACGUCGCCGAACCGCCGGAGCCGCCCGCACCGGCCGCCUUCAAGGGCAGCGGCGCCGAGGCCGCCUUGGCCGUCGAAAUGCCCGCGGGGCUGCCGCUGUACCGCGUCUCCCCUCCGCCCGAGGAGCCGCCCGGCCGCGACUGCUUCGUCCUCUCGUCUCCCGCCCGCAUCAAGCUGGAGAGGCCCCCCAAGCCCGCGGCCGUCGGCGCCUGGGGCGCGCCGGUCCCCGCGCCGCCGUGGCCCCCCUUCUUCUCCGACGAGGGGCAGCUCUACGGGCCCUGCGCCGAGCCUGCCCCCGGAGCCUUCGGCUGCGGCCACGCCGAGAACGCCGACUUCGCCGCCGACGCGUUGUACCCGAUGGGGCGGGCGCCCUACGCCGCCCCCGGCUCCUACAUCAAGAGCGAGUUGGGACCCUGGGCAGAGGGCUACACCGGAGCCUACGGAGACGUCCGGCUGGAGGCUGGCCGGGAGCACAUCCUGCCCAUUGACUAUUACUUUCCACCUCAGAAGACGUGUUUGAUCUGCGGCGAUGAGGCGUCCGGGUGCCACUACGGAGCCCUGACCUGCGGGAGCUGCAAGGUGUUCUUCAAGCGGGCGGCUGAAGGUAAGCAGAAGUACCUGUGUGCCAGCCGGAACGACUGCACCAUUGACAAGUUCAGGAGGAAAAACUGCCCAUCCUGCCGCCUGCGGAAGUGCUACGAGGCAGGGAUGACUCUUGGAGCCCGCAAGCUGAAGAAGCUGGGCAGCCUGAAGACACAAGAUGAAGGCGAGGCAGCCAGCUCGUCCAGCCCCACGGAGGAGCAAGCUCCUAAGAUGGUGAUGACACAUGUCAAUGGCUUUGAGUGCCAGCCCAUUUUCCUCAAUGUGCUGGAAGCCAUCGAGCCCGCUGUGGUGUGUGCCGGCCACGACAACAGCCAGCCAGAUUCCUUCUCCAACCUGCUGAGCAGCCUGAAUGAACUCGGGGAGAGGCAGCUGGUCUACGUCGUCAAGUGGGCAAAGGCUUUGCCAGGAUUUCGCAAUUUGCAUGUGGAUGACCAGAUGUCAAUAAUCCAAUAUUCUUGGAUGGGUCUCAUGAUUUUUGCCAUGGGUUGGAGAUCUUUCACUAACGUCAACUCCAGGAUGCUUUACUUUGCUCCAGAUUUGGUCUUCAAUGAGUACCGGAUGCACAAAUCCAGAAUGUACAGCCAAUGCGUCAGGAUGCGGCAGCUGUCCCAGGAGUUUGGGUGGCUUCAGAUCACGCCCCAGGAGUUUCUCUGCAUGAAGGCUCUGCUCUUCUUCAGUAUUAUUCCAGUGGAUGGCCUGAAGAACCAGAAGCUCUUUGAUGAACUUCGUAUGAAUUACAUUAAGGAACUCGAUCGGAUCAUCGCUUGCAAGAGGAAGAACCCCACCUCUUGCUCUCGGCGGUUUUACCAGCUCACCAAGGUCCUGGACUCCGUGCAUCCUAUUGCCAAGGAUCUGCAUCAAUUUACAUUUGAUCUUUUAAUUAAGGCCCAUAUGGUGAGUGUGGACUACCCGGAAAUGAUGGCAGAGAUAAUCUCUGUGCAGGUUCCCAAGAUCCUGUCUGGAAAAGUGAAACCCAUUUACUUCCAUGCGGAGUGAUCUUCCAGAGGGACUCCCAGUUGCAUCGCCUCCAUCUCAGCCACCUCUGCCUAUUGUUUCUGCACUACUGUACUGCAGUGCCUUGGGGAAUCCUGUCCAAAGAGAUGAUGUGCCGCCAGGCAGGCAGUAGCAAACUCCUCCCUGCUGGGGUUCUUUCAAUUUCUCUUUUUCCUGUGGUAUCUCUGACUGAACUCCUGCCAGGGUCUGGCUGCUCGGUGGCAGGGACACCCUGUCAGCAGCACCUGGGGGUGGUCACUUGUUUAUUUCCUGCAGUGACUUUUAGUGCCCUGGGGCUGUGGGAGAGUGGGAGACGUGCCCCCACUUCUUGUAUUUCUGUAAACCAAAUCAAGGUGAGGCACAGGCUGACUCUCGAGACGUGGGUGUGGGUACCUUUACCGGCCUCCUCUGGGACUUCUUAUGUGUGUUAUGGUGCUGGGAAGCAGAUGUGUUGAAUACCGCAGUAGCGCAACUGAGGGGAAGAGAUGAAUUGCAACCCAAUGAAUGAGAAACCCCUCAGAGCUGGAAGGCACCCGGCAGUCGCUGCCAGGGCUGCUCGGCCCUAUGCUGCUCGGCUCCACGCGUGGCUGCUGGAGGGUGGAUGGGCUCUGGAAGGCUCCAUUGUCGACGGUGGCUGCUUUCCCCCUGGGGCACCGCUCCCGAGGUGAGCUGGAUGUGAGCUGGAUGCCGCCCGUUCAGCAGCGCGCUCCCAGCGCUCCCAUCUCCCUUCCGAUCUGCUCAGACAUGGCUGUGCCACCUCCACAAGUGCCUGACGCCUCUCGGACCUCAGACCCUCAGCAGCCGAACCCCUGCCUGCACCUCUCCCUGCUCUGCUCACACUGGGUGCCCGUGCAGCCAGCAUCUCAGCUCCAUCACCUGUCUGCCAUCUGCGUGAGCUGCUCUCCAUGGCAGCAGGUGGGAACUCCAGAAGCGAAGCAGCCAGGCCUGGCCCUGUAGGAUGGAUGACUCUGGGCGUUAGCCCUGUCCCUGGGAGAUGGCUGCAGUAAUGACCUGUGGCAGUGGUGGCAUCCUCCUGUGCUCACACAGAGCUUUCUGGGGAUGGAGUGAUGAAACGGUGAAUGUGGGCACAUCGUUUAGAGUGGGACACAUCAAAGGUUGAUUCUGAUGGCUCCCAGUGGUCUGGGACGUUGGGCAGCCCCCAGCCUGCACUGGGUCUGUCUGGCAGGCUGCACUCAUGUGGCACAGGCACUGCUUUGCUCCCGCUGCUGCAGAACUCUCCAUGUGAUAGGGAGUGGGGCAGGGGAAGACAUGCUGUGCUCUGUGCCCCCUCAAGCAGCUGUGUGCCAGAUGUCUUUAAAAGCAAAGGCAGUGGGUUCAGCCCAUUGGUUGCCAUGAGCACAGCCUCCGGGUUACUGUGUGGAUUCUCCUUCUUCUGGGACCUGUUCAGAGCUGAGCAUUACCUCCAGCUCUGUAGGCAAAGCCCAUGGGUGCAGCCGGGUUCUUUGCAAGCAGGAACAAGCAUUUAAUGCUACAGAUAUUCUUCAAUUGUUCUAUAGGGUUUCCAUUGAGGGAAGAAGUGGAGAAAAACAACACAGGACUAUUGAACCAAUGCUCUUUCUGUACAGCCAUUUGUACUGAUAUCUCCUCUCCUGGGCUUUUAGUGGCUCUGUUUGUGCUCUUCCUCCUGAGGUCCUCCCAUGUAGGUGGGCACAAUCUGCAAGUCCCGAUGUGCUCAGCAGCCCUCUAUUGCUGCACCUUCGGUGUCGGUGUGAUCUGUUCAUACAUGCAGAUGAAUCAGUGGAAAGCCCUGCUGUGUACUCUUCUGUUCUUGAAUGUUUUCUGGCUGUUAGCAGAGGAGAAUGAUGAAUAAUGGGCUUGGUAAUGCCUUGAUCUCUGCUAUUAACAGGAGGAUGUUUAUGAUUGGUCUAAAUAGCCUCUUUGGAGAGUUUUACAUUUUGCAUACACUCAUGUCAGUAAGGUUUCAUUACUUAACUGCAUCCUUCUGGGUAUUUUUCUACUGGGAGAGGGGGAAGAAACGAAAUGUGAUAAGGACUUGCAUACACCCACUUGCUGCUGCAAAGGGAGCGGGGCUGUGCGGCAGGCUGUGCCCCCAGCUGUGUGCUGCUCUGUGCUCCUUGCUGCUCUGUGCUAUGGAUGCUCUGCCAGUGUGAGCCCCAGUGCCUAUGUGGGGCCCAGGCUGUGCCCUGCAGCUCUUCUGUUUCAAAGUAAAUUUCUGCAGUGUUUUUUCCCGUUUUCUUGCGAUGAUGAUGAUGGAGGGGUUGCUGGAGGAUGGGGAGCCAGGGCAGCAGCACCCGAGUGUUUGCCAGGGGAACAGUAACAGUGUCUCUUGGUUGAUUUCCAUUGGCUGCUGCAGGAACUGGAGAAAAAAAAAAAAAAAAAAAAAAUCAAACAAUACCAAAGUCCAGAUCCUGCUGUAUAUCUUUGUACUUUGUGUUUUCUUCUGCAUUUUCUUGUCUAUUUUUGCUUUAAUAAAGGGAAGAGAAUCUCACCACCGUCCUCAUCCUGUUGCAGUUGACCUGGGGGUCCCAGCUGAGCUCCCAUCCCCGUGCAGGGCCAGCUCAGACCCUGGGCUCCCUGGGAAGGCACAGUGCAGCUGAGGAAAAGCAGCUCUGCUUUUACAUUGGAAGGAGCUUUCUGCUCAGCUUUGGGAGCUUUGGGAAGGAGCCUUAGCUCGGCUUUGGAGCUAAGCCCAGGCAGUGAGCAUCCUGCCCUGUGCAUAGGUAGGCAAACAGCAGCGGGUCAGUCCUGGGGAGCUGAGCUCUGUUAGAACACAGAAUGGCUUUGCACCCUGCAGUCAGGGCAGUGCUGUUUGCCACAGUCACACAGCUGCCACUGUGGGGAUCUCUCCUGAGACGUUUUGAUAACAAACUACAUGUUAAACGUAUGUGUACGUAUGCACAGGCAUGCCCCCAUUUAUACUGCUGAAGGUACCUGUUCUAUUCCUGCUGGUGAGCUUUCUUUCUGACUGCACACUGAGUGCUCUUGGGUGUUCAUGCGGUGGUGAGGCAGCGUGUGCCAAUAGUAACAGAAGUUUUGGUUUAUUUUUUGGGGCUCUGCACUGCCCAGGUUUCUGAGGCCCAUCCUUGCAUGGCUGGGAUGCAGCACUCUGGGGGUCCCAGUGUCAGCAUGCAGCUCUCCUUCCACUGCUCUGGCCUCCAGGGGCGGGGUGGCACCCGAGGGGCAGCAGAGCACCCUUUAUCUCUGCUCUCUUCAGCUGCACAAAGCAUCCAUGCACUUCAGGGCAGAAUCUUGGGACUGGGCCUGUUUUCUCACCACUUCAAAGCAGAAAUACAUUCUUACAACGUAAUGACUGCUGGAAUGGCUCUGAUUCCUGCUGCCUGGUGGGAGCAGCCACAGCCGAGUUGCUGAUGCCAUCUGUCCCUGGGUGCUGGGAAUGGUGCUACGGGGCAACCUGACCUCAGCACAAAGCUGCAGAAAUGCUGCCCCAGUGCCACAUCUGCAGAAGGUGUGGGCCUCCAGAACAACAGUUCGGGCUGUGAGCUGCCCACAGCCGUGUUCUGGCAUCAUGGUCACUGCUUUGAGGAAGCCAGGAGAGACUUCUGUUCACUCCUAUUGAAAAUAGCAGGAAAACCUGCAUUUACAAUUUGAAAAGUACAUAUCUGCACCAAACAUAAAACCACAGUAAGCUUAGAAUAAGCUGCUCUCUGUGCCGGGUGUUUUGUGCUCUGUGGCAGUUUAGUGCUGGUUUAUUUGUUAACUUGUCUCUGUAAUGAAAAGAGUUCUCUAUAUUGAUACACUUUAUUUCCUUUGCAACAAGCCAAAAAGCCCAUUGCUGGUGCCUUUCUCUCGGGGAGGACUCCCAGCCCACAGCUGUGCUCACAGCAGUAACUGAUCUUUGCAAUUGCUUGCUUCACCACUGCUGAGUAAAGUCCUGGAGGAAGCUCUGUGGGAUUACCAAAAGAAAAGGAGUGGGGACCCACAGACUCGGCCCAGUUCUACUGCUGGUUCACUGCUGGGUGCUGAGGGCAGUGCUGAGCUUGGGGCUCCUGCAGCACCUCCAUCCCAUCGCAGCCUGCUGUGCCUGUGCUGCAGUGCCAAACUCUGCCUGCCGCCGUGCCUGCGGCUCCAUCACAGCCCGUCUCGUUCUGCAAGGGGUGCAACUCCACUGCACUGCUGUUGCCUUUUCCGUCACUUUGCCCAAAUUAAUGGCCCUUGAGGCCGAACUCGACUUCUAGAAAAAGACAUCAGUUGGACUAUUGUCACUGUUUUCACUUUCUUCAUUGUUCUUCUUGAUUGGAACUUCGAUCUGCCCCAAACACACGGAACGCAGAGGACAGAGACCCGUGACACUGCCACAGGGGCUGGGCAGCAGUGACACCUCACUGCCGUGCGAUGCAGUGCAGGAUGUGACCCCGAUACAGACAUCACUGUGCUGGGCUGAGUGACACCGCCUGUGUCAUAACCAACCAGAGGAGCCCACCUGGGCUCAGGACAAAGACAGAACCCGUUACACUACACUGGGAGCAAUGAGACACCCCAACCCACUCCCAGACCCCCGUGAGCCCUCAGCCCGUGCUGUGCCCCACACAGCCCUCCCUGCUCCACACUCAGCUUUUGUGUAACUUCAGAUCUGUCGUUCAAAGUGCAAUGAAGGCAGAAUUUUGUUUGUGGGAGCUGCUGUACGCUGCAUUCGGCUUUCAUUUCAGUUGUGCGCAUAAGAAAUGCUGCUUGGUGUGAUAAAUAAUAGGGGUUGAAGAUGCCAAGAAUAAUUGGGUAAUUUCAAAAUGGAUGAGGCUGUGUGUUGGUAAUUCACAGAGGCUAUUUUUCGCAGUCGGAUUUUUGCUAUUGAUUAUCUGAGCUGUUAUUUCUUUUACCCAUCGGAUGACUGAUCUCUUCAGAUACGCCUCUUUGGGUCUCUUAAAACUAAAUUUCAUCUGAUUAAUGUAUUUCUCAAAGCAAGGCACUAAUAAAGCCCUGUGUCCUCCUC